AAGAAAAAAGAAAAAAAAAUCCAUCAUACCAACCAAUGAUUAUUGGUAUAUUAUAAAGCAAAAUUGUAAGAAAAGAUUCGAAUCUUCCUUCAUCUCUUCCGAACAUUCCAAACUAAAAUGCGGAUCUCAAACCCCAUGUGUAUGUAAUAUAUAUACAACUCUUAACUCAUCAUAUUCAAAUUCCAUAAUUCUAUAAUUUUCUAUUCUAUUUUCCAGGCACCCAAACAACCUCUCCUCCCUCCACGUUCUUGCCAACUCAGAAUACUUCAAGCUAAACAAUUUCAGCCAUUAGCGCCAUAUUUUUCUCUGUCCCACCCACACAACCUCUAUUAAUUCCUCUAUCUUUCUCUGUCUCUCUGUUACCGGAAAUUACCAUUUCCGGCGGCCGGAAGGAGGGCCGGCCGGUGAUCCCUUCCUGGAUUUUAUAAAAAAAGCUUCUAAAGCUUGUUUCAGUUGCUACUUUGAGCUUUUUCUUAGUUUCUAGAUUCUGGGUUCCGGUGGGUCGGUGAUUGUACGGACGACAGGACGGCCAUGGCGAUGUCUGUGGCGUCGUCGCCGAGAGAAUCUAUAGCGGAAAAGGUGUUUAAGAGAGUUGGAAGAGGAGGAUAUUCUUAUUAUCUUGGAGGAAGGAGUGGUAGUAAUAAUAACGGUAACAACAAGAGGAGGUGUGGGAAUGAUGAGAUGGAGUUUGAUUAUGACGAAGAUGAUGGGACGAUGGAGCUGGCCCAGAUUGGUGCCGAGAGAACCAAGAACGUGUUGAUUCUCAUGAGCGACACCGGCGGUGGUCACCGGGCUUCCGCCGAGGCUAUUCGAGACGCCUUUAAAAUGGAGUUUGGAGAUGAAUACAGGAUAUUUGUAAAAGAUGUGUGGAAAGAGUACACAGGUUGGCCCCUAAACAACAUGGAGAGAUCGUACAAGUUCAUGGUGAAACAUGUACAACUAUGGAAAGUUGCGUUUCAUAGCACCUCCCCCCGUUGGAUACACUCUUCUUAUCUUGCAGCCAUUGCCGCCUACUAUGCCAAGGAGGUGGAGACUGGUUUAAUGGAGUACAAACCAGAUAUUAUCAUUAGUGUGCAUCCAUUGAUGCAGCAUAUUCCUUUGUGGGUUCUCAAAUGGCAGGGCCUUCAGAAGAAAGUGGUUUUUGUAACAGUUAUCACAGACCUUAACUCUUGCCAUCCUACAUGGUUUCACCCUGGGGUGAACAGGUGCUACUGCCCAUCACAAGAGGUGGCUAAAAGGGCCUUUCUAGACGGCCUAGACGAAUCUCAAACUCGAGUUUUUGGAUUGCCAAUCCGGCCAUCUUUUGCUCGAGCAGUUCUUUCUAAGGAUCAAUUGAGGAAAGAACUCGAAAUGGAUCCUGACUUGCCUGCGGUUUUGCUAAUGGGAGGUGGUGAAGGAAUGGGACCUGUAAAGAAGACUGCAAUGGCUCUUGGCGAAUCACUCUAUGACAAAGAAGCUGGAAAACCAAUUGGACAGUUAAUCAUCAUAUGUGGCCGGAAUAAAACACUUCUAUCCACACUUGAAUCUGAAGAAUGGAAGAUUUCAGUGAAAAUUCGAGGUUUCGAAAACCAAAUGGAGAAAUGGAUGGGAGCUUGUGAUUGCAUAAUAACAAAGGCUGGACCUGGUACAAUUGCUGAGGCCUUGAUUAGAGGUCUUCCCAUCAUUCUAAAUGACUACAUUCCAGGACAAGAGAAGGGAAAUGUGCCUUAUGUUGUUGAUAAUGGAGCUGGUGUCUUCACAAGGAGUCCUAAAGAGACAGCCAGACUAGUGGCCGAAUGGUUUAGUACCAAAGCUGAUGAACUCAUGAGAAUGUCUGAGAAUGCACUCAAACUAGCUCAACCAGAGGCUGUUUUCGACAUUGUUAGAGACAUUCACGAACUCGCUGAGCAACGCGGGCCUCUAGCACGCAUCCCUUACAUGUUGACUUCAUCAUUCACAAGUUUAAUCUAAGUUAAUUCAUUCCUUCUUGUGUCUUUCUUUCAAUGUUUACAGGAAAAUUCACUGAUAGAAUAUUGCAUGUACAGGUUGUUAGCUCUAAUGUUAUCAUUCUUUGGUCUUUAGAGGCUUGUUUUUUCUUUAAAAGACUUAACAAGCCCUAAUGUUUGUAAUGGUUGUGAUUGUUUUUUUUUUCUUUUCCAUCAAGUUUUUUAUGGGAAAAAAAGUAGGAUAAUUGGAACAUGAAGAUGUUGUAAUAUAUGUAGUGCUAUUUGCCUCU